UGAGUGUGGAUGGAAUGGCUCUUUGCACUGGUAGUUGGGAUAGCACUCUCAGGGUUUGGGCAUAAUGGAAACUGGACUAUCUUUUUCGUCAUCUUGCUAUAUCCUCUAUGCUCACCUGCGUGCGGCCCUUGCGGCGUACGCCUUCGAGUCGGUCCUUACUCAUUAUUAGUUUCAUGCUCGCUGGUAUACAUAUAUUGUCUCUCAGGUCAUCUGCUGCUAUCCAGAUAUUAUUCCUUGAUGUUCUUUUCUCCCGACCCCUAUUUAGUGAUGAAUUCAAGUCGUCAUUCAAAUCGGUGCUAGGUCAAACGUUUCUUACUUGCUGCAUUUCCGUUUUGCUCGAGAUGACGGAUACUGACGCGAUUGAUUCAGCUGUGCCACUCGAUUUGAGGAUGGUUGCGCCGCGAAGGCGCUUGGGCAACCUGAUGGGCCAUGCUUAGCAGAAGGAGGCGGCGAUAGCUGGCCGCAUUGAACUUAUGACUUCCGAUCAACCACCGAUGCCCUACCGACUGAUACCAGGUUGCCACUCUUUCCGAGUCAGUCAUAUACUAUAACAGCUUUUUCUUGGCAGGAAGCCGCGGUCUCAGGGUAUGUUCAUACAAAGUUCCCCUGCUGAGUCGCCUUGGAGUCGCCUACG